GAGAACCUCGCAACGUCAGUCGCGCGAAUUACGUUGUGCAAAACCAGCGCGAUGCAUCGCGGUGCAUAAAGGUUGAAAAAAAAGAAUAGUUUGACGUCGUCGUGUUUGUCUCGAAUCACGCGCACAAUCAUUUCGCCUACGUGUCACGUCGAUCGCCGCUUCCUUCGUAAACGCGCUUCCGAUUCAAUCUAUAUCAUUAAGCUCAACUAGAAUUCGGAGAUAUUGAGAUAGUGAUAAAAAAAAGACCAAUUUGUGCCAAAGAAGACUACAGUUUCCACGUAAAAUGAAAACGCAAUCGUCGGUCAACAUGCUGCCUGUUAAAAAUCUGGACGCACUGCUAAUGCAAACGUACGGUCUGGAUUUUCAAAUACACAAUGUGGAGUGGAAGCACCUAACAGAUCCGGGAGAAAACUUCGGCAGUCAAAUAUUAGCCAUUACUGUCAACGCCGAACAAAAUAGCAAAAAAAGAACCUUAAAUAUAGUUGUCAAACUACCACCGAGAUCUCAGUACCUGCUAGAUUUGUUCGAUAGUCCGGCAACUUUCAAGAAGGAACUGGAAUUCUACAGCACCGUAGCGCCGGAAUUUUUGAAGCUACAAAACGAAAGUGGGAUCCCUGAAGAAGCUAUAAGCGUAAUCACACCGCAAUUCUUAGGCGGCAGAUUAGGCUUACGAGAUCCGCAGUGUUUCGAUGAGCAAGCCGCGAUCAUCUUAGAAAAUUUAAAAGACGAAAAUUACACGACGCAAGAUCGCAUUCUCGGUCUAGACAAAGUACACAUGGAUUUUGCGAUCAUUCACUUAGCCAAAUUGCAUGCCAUCACGAUCGGCCUGAAGCUCAAGAAGUCCGAUUUCUUCGAAAAUGCAAUACUACCCGUUCUCCAAUAUGCUGUAAACGAGGAUGCGCAAAAUGGUGUAACGGGUAUGAUACAGAAGGCGCACAACGAUUACAAAAGCAUGAAAGAGGCGGAACCUUAUCUGGACAUGAUCGAGAAGACGCUCGAGUACGCGUCACGAGUGACUGUAACGCCGAAAGAACCGUGGACGACAUUGGUACACAAUGAUUUCUGGGUGAACAAUAUGAUGUUUAAAUACGAUGAGUCGAACAAGCUGAUCAAUAUGAAAAUUGUGGACUUUCAAUUGACGGUCUACAAUUAUGGCGUGCACGAUCUCAUAUUCUUCCUCAUAUCGAGCGCCCGGAAAGAUGUGCUCGACAAACAUCUCGACGACAUGAUUGAUUUGUAUUACGACUCCUUCAUCGAGUGUUUAGAAUCGCUAAACGUCAACACGAACAUAUUUCCUAAAAACGAAUUUAUAGAGCAAUUACAUCAGUGCGCUCCCAUCAAGUUCCAGCAGUGUAUUAUGAUGGUGCAGGUAAUCCAAGCGGCGCGUGGCUCCGUUACAGAAACGACUAAUACGGCGGACAAAGAUGUUUUCAAAGGUGGCAUCAAUGAUGAGAAUUACAAACAAAAAAUGCUCCACAUUUUGUCUGUAUUCGAGCGGAAGGGAUGGCUUGUAAAAUGAUUAAAAGCGAGAGACUACUUGUCAAAAAUUAGUCCUUUGAGAAAAGAAAAUAGUUUCGCGUUUGCCAAAAAUAAAAUAAUUAUCGCCAAAUAAUAUAAUGAUAGUAGAAAAAAUGUACGA